CUGUUGUGUAACAUUACACAAGCGUGAAGCGACAGAGUUAAGUAACGCUCGCUGUCGUCAUGUAGCUGAGCUAACAAUGCUAGCAGCUUCGUCAUCGCUGGUAGCAGGUUCAAUGGUCUCCUCCUUCUCCUCCUCCUCCUCAUCUUAUUCUCUUUACUCCAGGCUCCGUCAGGUUUGCCGUCAUUUCAUCAAUUAUCGAAUGGGCGAGAUGGCUUCCAAAUCCCAGAUGCCGACCCCGGAGGAAGCGCUGCCCGGGCGGGCGGACCCCAUGAAAGUCUCCGCCAAACAUGAGGUCAAUGGUAACAGGACUGUUCCACCUUUUCCAGAGGGGACAGCCAUGGCCAUCUUCGGUAUGGGCUGUUACUGGGGAGUGGAGAAGAAGUUUUGGGGCCAAAGAGGGGUUUAUUCCACUCAAGUGGGCUUCUGUGGAGGAUUCACACCUAACCCCACCUACAGGGAGGUGUGCACAGGUAAAACAGGCCACGCUGAGGUGGUGAGAGUCGUCUUCCACCCAGAGAAGAUCAGCUACGCCGACCUGCUCAAGGUCUUCUGGGAAAACCACGACCCGACUCAAGGGAUGCGUCAGGGGAACGACAUCGGGACGAGUUACCGCUCGGUCAUCUACACGUUCACAAAGCAGCAGCUGGACGAAGCGCUGGCCUCCAAAGAUGAAUUCCAGAAGGUUCUCACCGGCGAAGGAUAUGGUCCAAUCACCACGGAGAUCGCAGAAGCUCAGCCGUUCUAUUACGCCGAGGACGAUCACCAGCAGUACCUGAGCAAGAACCCCCACGGAUACUGUAGCCUGAAAGGGACCGGAGUCUCCUGUCCAAUAGGAAUCAAGAAGAAGUCGUAAAAAAUGAGUCGAUGAGGUCCGAGAGGAACCCGCGACCUCUGACCCGUCAACUGGCGUGGUCAGAAAAAAACGUAAUCAACUGAGGCUAGUUUGUGUGUUCAGGUUCUUCUCUGUCAAACUGCCAAACAUUUAUCGUAAUUCACAUUCUAAAUCAAAGAAUCAGCUGAUUUAACAAAUGUACGACUGAUUUCAUGUACGACUGAUUUCACUGCCUGUUAAUCCUGUUAACACAGCAUUGAUGAUGCUUUUAGGUUAAAUAUAUAUAUAUAUAUUCAUACAUAUAUACAUAGAGAGAGAGAGGUUAUAAGAAUAUACAGUGUCACAACCUACAGAUGAUAUGAAUACUACAUAAACACGCCUGAGCAAAAAUAAUUUGUGAAAUACGUCAAAAUUCAAAGUUGGUGUUGGCAAAUUUUUAUGAACCAAAACUUCGAUCAUAAAUUUGACUCAACGACAGAAAAAGAAAAAAUGGUAAAGUCUGAAGAUGUGAUUUACAAGAAUUCAAGAAUUCUUACUUAAAUCUCAGACUUCUGAUUUUUUAAUCUCAGGAUUCUGACUUUUUAAUCUCAGAGUUAUGAUUUAAAUUUCAGGAUUCUGAUUUUUUAAUUUCAGGGUUUCAAUUUAAGUCUCAGGAUUUUGGUUUAAAUCUCAGGAUUCUGACUUAAAUCACAGGAUUCUGACUUUUUAACCUCAGGAAUUUGAAUCGUAUAAGUAUAUCUGCGUACUGGACCUUUAAUGCACUGAAGUCAGUUAAGCUUUAUUUUUUACUCAAAACAUAAAAGGAAGUUACUGAAGUUUAGCAAUUCAUUCAUUUGUUUUUGGGUUUUUUUAUCAAAGGAGGAAAAAAAAAAGAAACUGUACAAAAUCAAUUGUCGGCGGACAAACCUGCAUCAGUCGACCUCUACAUGAAGCUGUUUCUUUUCCUUGUUUUUUUUUGUUUUCUUUCCACUAUCUUUGUAACCUGGAGAUUAAACUGGACGUUUAAAAAC